AUGAUUCAAAAAGAGUCUUUCACCGAAGAAUCAGUUAGAGGUUUGAAGACCCUCAAUGUCUUUAUAGAUGAGGAGAGUAUUUUAAGGAUUAAAACAAAAUUAACUCAGAAGGACGACUUGCGAAAUUUUAGAUACCUCUUUCUUCUUUCUGAAAAACAUAGGUUAAUAGAGCUUCUUGUCAGAGAGGCUCAUAUGGAAAACUUUCAUGCUGGAGUGCAAAUUCUGUUAUCAAAAUUGCGAGAAAAUUUCUGGAUUAUAAAUGGAAGAAGAACCCUUCGUUUAGAAAUUAACAAAUGCUUAAAAUGCAAGAGAUACAAUUCCAGGAAUAUACAGACCCAACCUAUCAGUUUACCUCAGGACAAAGUAGAAAAAUCAGCUACGUUUGAAAGAAGUGGCGUAGAUUUAGCUGGACCACUUACGCUUAAGGGAGGUGAAAAAUGUUGGAUAGUUCUUUUCACGUGUGCAGUGUAUUGA